UUCAGAAAAAGAAAGUAUUUUUAGAAUCUUGUUUCAAAGAGGAGUUUUACCAAAUAUGUGUUAGUCUAUUUUAGACAAUGUUUUGCAGAACACGCUGUAAAAAGUUUAGGACUCUUUUCCUGGUAUAAUAACCCUGUGAAGUCACAGGAUAGGAAUGAUGAGUAGGCAUGUGGCCCUCUUGCCUUUGAUGGGACAGCUGGGGGGCAGAGACCCAGGGGGCAGUGUCGGGGUUGUCUGUGGUCAGGUGGGUGAGCGGGACGCAUAGUGGUGGCUGCUGGGCGUGAAGCAGAUGCUAUGUCUUGCGGGUCUUGUUUCUCCACAAUGUUAGGAAUCUAUAAUUUGGGGUCAUCUGGGAUGUACCAUGUAGAUAUUUAGUGAGAACUAAGUUCUGUGUCAGAUUGAAAUUCAUUGCUAGAUGGACUAUCCUGAGGAUCUAGUCCAAAUCUGCUGGAUACUAGCAGGAUAGAAAGUUCUAGAAUGGCAAUAACUGUGACCAGCAUUCCUCGGCCCUAAUUUCUCUAAAUUGUUUCUUUGAUGGACCAAAAACCCCAAAAUUUGUGGAACCUUUCCAUCUAACAGAGACAGCAUAAAAUCUAAUAUAAUUUUACCGGCAAGUUUUAUCAUUUUACCAGCAUUCCUCUGAAACAAAGGGCAUAUGUAAACACAAAUAACAAGUUAACUGCGCUUGAAUCAGGUGAGGUGUUUCUUUGAACAAUGAGGCAUCUGGAUAGCUUGGGAGCAGCAGUUACAUGAAGCCUCCAGAGGACAGGACAGACUCUUAGUCAUCUUUGCAUUCUCCUUAGUGCAGGUGAUGGCAUCUUGAGUAUAAAUGGUGUUUUAAAGACAUUCAAUAAGUGAGUGAAGCAUUGCCAGAUACUCUGAGGAAGUGCAAGUCAUUUUCAAGAUUUUAAUGAUUAUUCUACCCAAAGGCCAUGUUGUGAAGAGGCCCCAGAUAAGUCCCCAGAAUGGAGAGGUUUGUUUAGAGCUCUGAGUGUAUUUGGAAUAAACCUGCAUUGGUCUUAUAAGGCCUUGGUGAAAUGCUGUGUGGAGUGUUUGGAGAUAGACUCAGUAAAUGCCACGAGUGUGCAAGGCUAAGUUAAUGUAUAUGUUAGAGAACAUGGGUCACACGGCCUUUCUCUUCUUCAGAAGAAGCAUAUAACUGAUAAAAUAAGACGGAAUUAGUUGAAUACUCACAUAGAGGCCUAAAUGGUUCAACAAACGGCCCUUACUCCUUGACAAAAAGUGAAAUGAAAAUGCCAUGGGAGCCCUGAGAAGAACAGUCUUCUCCACAGUCAGACAUACUGUCAAGCAUGAAGCAGUAUGUUUGCACCAUGAUUUCUCAUCCCAAUUCCAGUACUUACAUAGUAGUUAUAUGACCUUGAGUGAGGUUUUAGGCCUCAGUUCCUCAUCUGUGAAAUAGUUAUGGUGUCAUCUCUGUGUCACUUUGUUACAUGGAGUAAAUGAGGUAACCUCUUGUCUGGCACAUAGUAACUGCUCAAUAAACGUUAUUGAAACCAUUAACCUCACCACUACCAAUACUACCUCUGUGGCCACUACUAAGUGGAAUGGAGCCAUCUGGCAGGCAUAGACUUGUCAAUUUUCUCAGGCAGUCAGGGCCAUAAUUCUCUGAUAUUAACUUAUUUCUUGGCAGCAAAUUAAACUACCUUUAAAAUAGCUGUGAGGUAGGGAAAAGUUUCCCAUUUAAGUGUACUGCUAAUUCUGGUACAGCUGAUGCACAAGAGACCUGCGUGACCACAUGUUGUGGGUUCCUGGGAUGUAAAACAGAUGAUGAGGUGGGUUUGUCUUAAAGGUACCUGAAGGGAAGCUGAUCACAUGGCCCUAGUGACUUUCCCCGCAGGUGUCGCCUGCAGGCCAUGGCCUCUGCAUCCCGUGGAGGAUCUCACUGUCUUGGGUAAUGGUUGACGCCUGCAGAACAGUGCACGCCGCAGUCCUGGGAAGGCUAUGCUGGGUUUGUGAUAUGACGAUGUCUGUGCUUUUGUGUCUGGUGUGAAUUUAUAAAACCAGACACCACCUCAUUGGUGUCCCAUCAAGAGCAGCAUCAGUCUGCCCAUUAUUUCUGUAUUUUCAAAUAUAUAGGUACAUUUAUUUUUUCAUGGCAAGUGAGAGUAGAUGGUACCUAGAUGGGUUGAGAAUCUUCUCCAUACCAAAGUGUCCCAUAAGCUAACAAAUGUUUAUGUAUGGGGUAGGGGACUCAACUCUAUUUUCCCCCAUCCUUUUGUAUUGAGAAAGAGAAAGCUGCAAUGAGAAGGUGAAGAUGAAUACAAGAUUGAAGGGAAAGCGCAAAGAAAAGCCCUUUGUUUCCAUGAGGAGACGCCCAUUCGUUUUCCACUUAGCGCCCUCUGGUGGCACAGAGAGGCCACUGUGACAUUAGGACGGGAGGGCGUGCCUGCCGCCGUUUUCCUGCUUGGGCGGGUGUGUAUUGAUGUGCUUGUGACACUCCUUCCUCGCCCAGGGAAUGCCUGACGUCCGGCUGGCCUGUGUUCAGUUUGCCAUUUCAUUUUUGAUCACCAGUGAGGACACCAUAGUGCAAGUGCUGGAGUUGAAAGAACUGGAUUCUGAAAAUCCUACAGAAUGUCUCCUGGAAUGCCAAAUCUGCCUACAAGAUACUGCGAGACUAUAGCCUUUUAACAUGGCUUUUAAGCAUCCUUGAGAACAAGUUUCUGGAGACCCCGCUGCUCUGCAGCAUAAUCUCCUUGCUGCACACUCUGUGGGUGACCAACCUGGGACACAGUGGAGUUGGGGAGCCAGCCCCGCUGCAAGCCUGGGUACCAGGAGCCCCUGAAGCUGCUUGCCUUGCACCUGGUCAAUGAGUUCCUUUAUGUUCUCAUCAUGCUCAUGAAGCACCUGAGGUGAGCCCCUCGCCUGCCAGGGAGCACCUGGGGUUCCGAUCUGGGCUCAGAGGUAUAUUGGUAGCCAGUGGAAUGACCCUCAGAAUGAAGAUGGUCCCAGGAAGGAACAGGGCAUUUGGUUUUGUGCUGUUCUCGGGUAAACCAUUGAGUCAGGAUCGAAAAGCCCCCAUGUUUCUCAUUUGGGGAGAGCUCACAGGUAUGUAUCUUCCACAGGGCCCAUCCUCAGGGCCAUGGCUGGGGCUGUCCGGGCUUUCCUGAGCCUUUUCCCGGGAAUCUGAACGCACGAGAAGGGGAGGGGCCAGCAGUCCCCGCGUGUCCUGGUAGGUGCUGGUGCUCUGCCCCUCAGGCCCUCUGCCCAGCUCGCACCGUUGGCCAUGGUUUCCAAGGAGAUUCCUGUGCCUCCAGGAUGCAGGUCACACUUUGGUCCCCUUUCUACCUGUCCGGGAGCAGCUCGCUUCCUGGUCUGUGUGCUAGGGGUCCAUGUCCCAUGUCUGUUGCUAAGGAAACUCCCUGUCAUGGGCGGAGCGUUUGUGUCUCUGGGUGGGUGGUGUUCACUGGCCACCCUGGUCCUUGGCUGCAGGACAAGGAAGCAUUUUGCUCAGGGUGUGACACUGGCUCCCCACAGGCCUGCCUUGCCCUCUGCCCAGCUGGCCAGCUUCUUCGGGGCGCUCGACUCUGUCCUUAAGUACCGGGCCACCAUCACACAGGCCUUCAGAGACAUGGACCGCUUCACCGUGAAUGAGACAGUGCUGUCCACCAAGGACGUUCUCAUCCUCCUGCACAAGUGGAGCCUCAUCGGGAGGGACACCGCGCUCCAAGAGGACCUGAGAGCAGCCAUUGAGAAAUACCAAGUCAAGGAGCUCCUGAAAAUGCUCAAGGAUAAGAACAGGCCUGUGGUGGCAGCCCGAACCAGAGGCCCCUGGGGCCGAAGGAGGAGGCCUGGGGAGGCAGAGGAGGCAGCUGACCCUGAGCUGCAGAUGUCCAGCUUGGAGACGUGCAAGGGCCUCCUGAGGUCCAUAUUGACUCACUGGGGGCCAGUGUUCCCCAGCUGUGAGCCUGCUCAGGAGCCCGCAGACAGGGCCACCCCUGAGAGCAGUGCACUGGGCCCUGUGCACGCCGCCGCUUCCCUGGUGGCCACCUGGGUGCUGUGCUCAGCGACCGUUGACCCACUCAGCACUCAGCAGGGCAGAUGCUGCCAGACUCCUUGGAUGGCUUAAGACCCACAUUUUGCCACAGCCGGUCAUCGUGGCUGACCUUCUUUGGGACAGUCGUGUGAGGAGUGGCAUAUUUAAGCUGUACAGCCGGCUCUGCAGUACCGAGGGGCUGCCUGGGCCCGCACAGAGUGUGGCCUGCCUGUUGAAAAUGGUCAUGCUGCAGCUCAUGGCGGCCCGGGGCCCAGCAGGGAGCUCCCUCCAGCCGGCAGUUGAGGCUCUCCACCUGGCUUCUCUGAAGGAGGAGGAUGAAGCCACACGAGCUGCAGCAGCAUUCCUGGUGUCUCUGUACAUUAAGGACAUCUGGCUGGGGGCCCAGCGGCCAGACACCCUCCUAACGCACGUCCGGAUGGUCUGUGACUCUGCAGAAGAUGUGCCAAGUGGGAACAAGGAGGCCAUCUUCAUGCUCUGCAGGGACCUCACCACCUCAGCCCCAGAUGCUUGACGCCCUGCCUGCUGUCUGCAGUGCCAGGUUCUAGACGUUUGAGUCAAACGUUUCUGUGGAGGGCAUGCAAAAGGAUGGGCUCUGGAUAUUGCUCGUUUCCUGACAAGAAAAGUGGACUAUUUAACUGACCGAUAAAUAAUGAACUGAAGGGACUGUUUCCACAGUCCUAGUAGGCAUGGGGGUCUUUGGGGCCAUGAGCCCAUCCAGUGUUUAGUUAGGCAAGACCCUUCCUGUCUGGUUCAUUGUUCUCCCAAGGAAAUACGUCAAGCUGAGGUAACACUUCUGAGCGUUUAAGGGAUUUGUGGGUAUUAAUUCUAAAGUGUCCAAAAAUUAUUAGAUAAAAGGGCAUGAAGAGAUGUUUAAAGCUUUCUUAUUCUAUAAGAAGUCAAAAGAAAGGUUGAUAUAACUUUUUCACUAAGAAGCUCUUGCCAGUGUUCAUUAUUUUAUUGAAAAGAUGUUAACACUAAAUCCUUUAAGUAUAGAUUUAUGUGCCCUUUGCUUUGGGAAGUCAGACUGUAUUUUUUUAAAUUGUAUUUCAAAGAGGGGAUUUUGAAUUUUAUAACUUGUUAAUAAAUGUCCAUUUUUGUUAGA